GUGAUGCGCAGUUUGUGUUACUCGACGUGAACACAUGUAACUCGCAGAUUAACAAUUGAGUUUGGCGUGGCGACGUCUCUGUGUGUUUGAAGUGUUAUUCAUUCCUCUUGUACCUCAUUCCAGAAUCAGAACUCAUUUACUUCGCACAACCAUUACAAGAAAUGACACUUUUUGGGAAUAAACUCAACUCAUCAAGUCGCGCGUCUGAAAAAAAUGCUGACUUCUGCGCAUUUUUUCCCCAUUGCGCACGUAAAAUACUGAACAUGCCGCUAAAAUGGAUAUGCCGACUUGUCAGUCGGGUUGUAUUUGUUAAGAAUAAUAAAGAAAUUAACUCCGUGUCGUGCGCAAUUUGUGUUACUCGACGUGAACACAAUUAACUCACAGAUUAAUAAUUGACUUUGGCGUGGCGAUGUCUCCAGAACCAACCUGAUGUUUUCUCCUCUACGCAGCAACGCUGCCUCCGUGCGUCAUUUUAGGAAAUUACACCGAAAUGGCAGUUUUGGAUUUUGCUGGAUCAUAAAUUGAUGUUUACUAUGUUGUUGUUGUUGUUGUUUUGAAGGUAAUAUCUCAGAUUGCUGCGUCUUUACCUGCAUGUUGUCCUCAAGCCAGCAGCUCCGCCUCCAGUCAGCCAAUCAGCUGCUGCCUCCUCCUCAUCUUGUAGAGGACAUCACGGUCCUGUGAUACAGGUGUUGUUGCUAUCCUGUGACGGAUUUAUCCUCUCAGCUGUUGGGUGUAAGGAGGAGAGGAAGCAAAGAUGCCGAAACCGAUCAAUGUCCGUGUGACCACCAUGGAUGCAGAGCUGGAGUUUGCCAUCCAACCCAAUACCACAGGAAAGCAGCUCUUUGACCAGGUGGUGAAGACGGUGGGUCUGCGGGAGGUGUGGUUCUUUGGCCUCCAGUAUGUGGACAGUAAAGGCUACAUUACCUGGCUCAAACUCAACAAGAAGGUUACCCAGCAAGACGUGAAGAAAGAGAACCCUCUGCAGUUUAAGUUCAGAGCAAAAUUCUUCCCUGAAGACGUCUCGGAGGAACUCAUCCAAGAGAUCACCCAGAGACUCUUCUUCUUGCAGGUCAAAGAGGCCAUCCUGAACGAUGAGAACUACUGUCCUCCAGAGACAGCUGUGCUGCUGGCUUCAUACGCCGUCCAGGCCAAGUACGGAGACUACAACAAAGAUGUCCACAAGGCCGGGUACCUCACCCACGACAGACUGCUGCCUCAGAGAGUCCUGGAGCAACACAAGCUGACUAAGGAGCAAUGGGAGGACAGGAUACAGACUUGGCAUGAAGAACACAGAGGAAUGCUCAGAGAGGACUCGAUGAUGGAGUAUCUUAAAAUCGCCCAGGACUUGGAGAUGUACGGAGUCAACUACUUUGAGAUCAAAAACAAGAAGGGCACGCAGCUGUGGCUGGGCGUGGAUGCUCUCGGCCUCAACAUCUACGAACACGAGGACAAGUUGACACCAAAGAUUGGCUUCCCCUGGAGUGAGAUUCGAAACAUUUCUUUUAAUGACAAGAAGUUUGUCAUCAAACCUAUUGACAAGAAAGCACCUGACUUUGUGUUUUACGCCCCACGACUGCGCAUCAACAAGCGUAUUUUGGCAUUGUGUAUGGGUAACCACGAGUUGUACAUGAGGAGGAGAAAGCCAGACACCAUCGAGGUGCAGCAGAUGAAAGCUCAAGCUCGGGAGGAGAAGCAUCACAAACAGAUGGAGAGGGCCCAGCUGGAGAAUGAAAAGAAGAAGCGAGAGCAUGCAGAGAAGGAGAAGGAGAGGAUAGAACGUGAGAAAGAAGAGCUCAUGGAGAGGCUGAGGCAGAUUGAAGAGCAGACGAUGAAAGCUCAGAAAGAGCUCGAGGAACAAACUCGGCGGGCCAUGGAGCUGGAACAAGAAAGAAAGAGAGCCAGGGAGGAGGCCGAGCGGCUGGAGAGAGACCGACAAGCAGCUGAGGAGGCCAAGGCAGAGCUGGCCAAACAGGCUGCCGACCAGCAGAAGAACCAAGAACAACUAGCUACUGAACUGGCUGAAUUCACAGCAAAGAUUGCUCUCCUAGAAGACGCCAAGAGGAAGAAAGAGGACGAGGCCACCGAGUGGCAGCACAAGGCUCUGUCUGCUCAGGAGGACCUGGAGAAGACCAAGGAAGAGCUGAAGACUGCGAUGACGGUGGUGCCUGCACCUCCAGGCGGCCAUGCUGAGAGCGAGCAUGACGAGCAGGAUGAGAACCACGCCGAGGCCAGCGCAGAGCUCUCCAACGAGGGAGUCAGCCAGCUAGACCUCCGCAGUGAAGAGGCUCGCGUCACUGAAGCCCAGAAGAACGAGAGGGUCAAGAAGCAGCUGCAGACAUUAAGUUCAGAGUUGGCCCAGGCCAGAGAUGAAACCAAGAAGACACAGAAUGACGUUCUACACGCAGAGAACGUCAAAGCAGGCCGAGACAAAUACAAAACGCUGCGGCAGAUCCGACAGGGCAACACGAAGCAGCGCAUCGAUGAGUUUGAAUCCAUGUGAGGACGGCACCUCUGUCCCUCAGAGGAGCCUGCUACCAAACUUUCCCCUUAACGGCUGCUUGAUUUUCAUGGACAACAGAUGCCGCCGUCCUUGUAAUCCUACCAAGUCUCCCUCGACAUCCCCCAGGCAAUCUUGAGAAAUCGUCUUGUCAGACUUUGCCAAAGUCCUGCCCUACAUCUCCAUUCUGAAAGUCUGGAUUUCUCCCUGACAUGGAGCUGCCUACACGCCACUCUGAACAAGCAAGUUAUCAUCGAACUGCCGAGAUCAUCUGUAAUCCGUCAGCGCAGGGGAAAAAAGUGACUUUACAACCAAAAUGGAAACAAUUGGAUUUUUUAUUUUGAGUAAACAUGGCCAUAGAAAGCUACUUUUUGUUGUUUUCUUUGUUGUUUUUGCUUGACGACUUGUAUGCAAAGCUUUAGUAUGAUUCCAUGUCUUCAGUUUAAGAUUACCUGUCCUCUGCUUGUUUUUAAGUUCUUUCCCUCUGCUUUUGUUUGACUCGUUUUAUUGAUGAUACCCGUCUUUUUAGUUGUCUGUCGAACACAUCAAGGCCGGGUUUAAUCCCAGGCCGCAAAUAAGGACUGGAGUUUGGGGAUAAACGAGGUCACUGUUGUCGUUGAGCAUCAGAGCGCUUCUACAUUACAUCAUGUCAAAACAUAUCACAUGCUAGAUAUGCUAAUACUGUUAGCAUCUGUGAGUUAAGCUGAGAUCAUUUCACUCAAUUCAAACUGUAAACAUUUAUAAGUUUAUGUAAAAAGAAAAUAUAACACUGCAGUAUUUUAAUAGUUUCAUUAAAGGCAAAAUAUCAAGAUAGGCAAUAUUUUCAGAUUUUAAAUAAAAUCUUUUCUGUGAAUGAAAUGGAAGCGAAUCGAUCCUCGUAGGGGAAAGAGCCACCCGACUUGUCAGACGGCAGGUUUUGACGAACGAAUGUAGCAAAGGUAACAAAGGGAAAGUGGGGUUUUUUUUGUUUUUUUUACAUGCAGAGGUCAUAGGAUAGCAUGUUAUCAGCUUGUGCCACUGAGCUAUCGCCCUCAAGCUUCAAAAGUAUUGCGAACAUAAGCUAAUUGGUCGUAGCGUAGCUGCGUGUUUGUAUUCCCCAGCAGCACCCCAGUGUUUCAUUCCCAGUCACCAUAGAUGGUUUUCUCUGCCUGCCAGCUCACAAAGGAACCCAGGGAGUUAAAUGGACGGACAGAGGAAUGGCCAGCUCUUUGUCUGCCCGUCCAGUUGUUUGAGUGUUUGUGUGGUUGAAUGAGUGUAUCUGAGUGUGUGGAAGCUGAGGCCUGGUACCUCUCUGGCUGGGGAGCUUAUGAAAACAUCGGUCCCAACCCGGGGGCAAAUCUCUACCUCAGUAAUAAUAGCAAUGGUGACUGACAGUCAAACACUCAAGGUGCUAUUCCCCCCUCUCUCCUGCUUUUCCUUUAAAUAAAAUAACAAUAAAAAAGGUCAAGAUUUUACUUAAUUGCUGUUACAUCUUUGGGCGGUGCUCCAGGGCAGGGCUGCGUUUGGUCAGAUUCUUUGUGGCUGAACAUUGGUUGAGAGAGCAUUUAGGAUUUAAUCAAGGUAGAACAGUGUUACUUCUCACAUUUAAAGCAAGUUUUAUACGACCAUCUCUCCUGAUAAAGCGGUUCAUUCACUCGUUUAGUCCGGAAAACGAGCACCGAACAAUGAGGACGUUAAAUAAAUGUGUAUGGAAGAUUUUCAGAAGAAGUUAGGUCAAUUUAUGUGGUAGGUUCCUCAAAACUUCUUUUAAAAGAAGGCUCUCAUGUUAAUUAAAGGCCUUAUGUGUUGGUCCAAAGUGUUAGUCUCCACUGUUACAAUUCCACUUUGAGGAGACGGUUUGCAGACCUGCAGUGGAAUCUUGAGUCUGAGACUUUGUGAAUUUGUAAAGUUAUUAGUUCCUCUUAAAGUAAAUGUACCUCGCUACUGUUUUUGAUGGAGAUCAGGCCAAUGUUUUCCCCCAGAAAUCUUUCUAAUUUCACAUCUAACAGACAACAAAUUGACUCCACCUUUUUAUGGUGUGGAAAAUGUUUCAGGGUGCAUUUUUGAAAUGAGUGAACAUGAACCUUCCUUUUUUUUUUUCUUUCUUUUUUAUUAACAUGAUGGAAAUGUUAAAUGGUAAUAUUUGUUCUGCUAUACUUGACAGCUGGUGUAGGUUGAUAUUUCUUUAAUAGUCCGAGUUUCAAAGCACUUGUAUGAAACAAGACACUGAGGCCUGCCUUUUGUGUUUAACUUCACAGUGUCCGUUUGUUAGCAUUGUGUUUGCCAUAGCAGGUGAAAAAAAAAUGAUCCUGUGCUUCCAGCUCAUAUUUUUGUAUUGUGUUCAAAGAUCCUAAACCAGCAGCACGCAUCGCUUUAUUGGACGGCUUCACUGGAGGGGAAAACGCUGGUUGACGUGUCCACACUCAAGCUGCGAGGUUUCGGUUCAACUGCAGCAGAAUGUUAGCGGUUCGCCUGUCCCCUCCAGUGAAGCCAGCGUCCCUGAUGAUGCCUGCUCUGGCACCAGCUGUCACGUUUUGCUUUGCUUUUGUUUUUGUUUUUUUCUUUUCCUUAUGUUCAUUUUAGUUUUCUAUAAGAUAGAAGGCACAGGUGGAUUGCAGUCCAUUUCAUUGGUUCACAAAUAAAAGUUUUAAAUUUUGAA